AUGGAGGGCGGUACUUGGGUAGCUGGUGGAGGUGAGGUGGAGGGGGAGGUGGAGGUGGAGGGGGAGGGGGGGGGGAGAGGGAGGGGGAGGGGGAGGAGUAGGUGGAGGGGUAGGAGGUGUACGUGGAGGGGAGUAGGAGCAGGGGGAGGGGGAAGAGGUGUGCUAGGAGGGGGAGUAGGUGGGGGGAGUAGGAGCAGGGGGAGGGGGAAGAGGUGCGCUAGGAGGAGGAGUAGGUGGAGGGUAGGAGGUGUACGAGGAGGGGGAGUAGGAGCAGGGGGAGGGGAAGAGGUGCGCGAGGAGGGGGAGUAG